AAAGGAGAAAAUUUUCUUUUUAAUCUAGGGUUUUGUUGUUCUUCGGGUGAGCUCUGAGAUCGAUGCCAUCCGAGUCUCUCCGCAUUCUCCUCCUCGUCUGCAAUCCUAGCUUGCGUUCUCUUCUUCUUCUUCGUCGUCUGCUUCACUGACUUGGUGUUGUUUAUUGAGGAGGUUGGGUGUAGGUGUUUGGAAAGACAAGGAGAGAAAAAUGUAGAGGGACAGGUUACUGUGUGUCUAAGGCUGUGAUUAUAAAAUCAAAUGGGUUAUGUUGGUUCAAGAAAUGGCCCGCGUGUCUUUUUGACUGGAUGCCGUGUGUCUAAGGCUGUGUUGAAUGCUAGACGGCGUGGUUUCCUAAACAAUGCUUUUGCAGACCUGUAUGAUGCGGGUAUUAAGGAACGGAUACUUGCUGCAAGAAGGCAGUUGUAUGAGCUCAAAGCCCGAUACAUUGAGUUAUAUGCUAGAUGGCAUGGUAGGGUAGACAAUGGAUUAAUGCAGUUGUUUCAAAGAGAUGAUGACUUCUACUCCAAUGCUGAUGCCAUGGAAGCAAUCUUUGCUCUUGAAAGAGAGGUUAAUGAGUUCGAGGCCUACUCCAUUGAGCAAAUGAAUCUCAUCAGAAAUGAGAUGGAUGCCUUAACCAGACGUGUGCUCGAGGCCUCAAGGCAUCAUGUUCCUGCAGCAGGCCAAGCCACCAAAGAUGAUAUCCAGGCUAAAGAACAGUUAACACUGGAUAACUCUAGUGACAUCAGUUCUCUAGCUACUGUUGAACAGAUUGAGCCAGGGACGGACGUGCCGCUGAAAACUCAAAAGGUGACAAAAAGAAGAAGAGAUGAAGCAUCAAAGAAAACAAGGAAGAGGAGGAAGAUAAAAAAGUCUGAUGCAAAAGGAAAAAAUCAUUCUAAUUAGUUUUCUUCUUUUGAUGUUUAAAUGUUUUACUUUUGCAACCUGACUGACUUGCUCAGGUAUUUACUGGGAAAGUGUUUUGAAUGUGCUUACUGGAGUACUUAGCAUAUCUUAAGUUCUUUGCUUAUCAGUUAUAUUUAUAUCAUCUCUAAAUUAUUUGGAUU